AUGGCCGAAGGGGAAAUCACCACCUUCACCGCCCUGACCGAAAAGUUCAACCUUCCCCUGGGGAACUACAAGAAACCCAAACUCCUGUACUGCAGCAAUGGGGGCCACUUCCUACGGAUCCUCCCAGACGGCAAAGUGGAUGGGACCAGGGACCGAAGCGACCAGCACAUUCAACUCCAACUAAGCGCGGAAAGUGUGGGAGAGGUGUAUAUAAAGAGCACCAAGUCUGGGCAGUACCUGGCGAUGGACACCAACGGGCUGCUGUAUGGCUCGCAGUUACUGGGUGAGGAGUGCCUGUUCCUUGAAAGGAUUGAAGAAAACCAUUACAACACGUACAUCUCCAAAAAGCACGCGGAUAAGAACUGGUUUGUUGGUCUGAAGAAGAAUGGGAACAGCAAGCUGGGGCCGCGGACUCACUAUGGCCAGAAGGCGAUCCUCUUCCUCCCGCUGCCCGUCUCGGCCGACUAA